UAUCAAUCGAUUUCUCGUCUUUCAGUAUUUCACGAUUGUCAUUGUUAUAUUUCAUGAAAAACAAAAGCUGAUUAUUGAUCAAUCUCUAAUGAACAAUAAUUGAUUAUAUGAAAUUGCUAUAUGAACUAUUAUAUGAAACUAUUGGAGAAUCGAAUAUUUCCUAGUUAAUAAUACAUGUCGAUCAUUAUGAAAUCGAAGGCCACGUGAAACUGUGACAUGAUAGACAAACAUUAAAAAUGAUGAGGAAAAAAAAACAAAGAGUCAUCGAAGACGAAAAAACAUCAAUUUUGCUAUUCGUCACACUGGCUCCUGUUAUCUGCUCCGCCGGAGUUUUAGAUCCUUGGCAGUGGGCACGUAGUGAUCGAAUAGAAGUCAACAUUCCUUGGUUGCCAUUCGAGAAUGAGACACGAUGCUACAAUGAACUAGGCUGUUUAAACAUAACCAGAAACUGGUACCAUCUGAUACAUAGACCACUUAAUGUCUUCCCUCUACCACGAGAAGUCAUCAAUACAAGAUUUAUUCUAUAUACGAACGAAAAUCUCAUCGAGGGUCAGGUGUUGACAGUUGCGAAAGAUAAAUUGAUUAAACGAUCAAACUUCAAUUCUAAAAGAAAAACAAAAUUCAUUAUACAUGGAUUCAUAGAUACUCCCCUGAGCAACUGGGUUAAGGAAAUGAGAAAUGAAUUGUUAAAACAUGAUGACUACAAUGUCAUCAUAGUUGACUGGGCUGGAGGGAGUUUACCACUUUAUACUCAAGCAACUGCUAAUACCAGAUUGGUGGGCCUUGAAAUAGCUCAUCUUAUUAAACAUUUACAGACAAAUUAUGGACUGGAUCUAAAUGAUGUGCAUCUAAUUGGACAUAGCUUGGGAGCUCAUACUGCAGGAUAUGCUGGAGAAAAAAUGGGAGGAAGUAUUGGUCGUAUUACUGGAUUAGAUCCUGCAGAACCUUAUUUUCAAGGAAUGCCUAAUCAUUUACGAUUAGAUUACACUGAUGCCAAGUUGGUUGAUGUCAUUCAUACUGAUGGCAAAAGCAUCUUUUUUUUAGGACUUCCAGGAUACGGAAUGAGCCAGCCAUGUGGUCAUUUAGAUUUUUAUCCAAACAAUGGCAAAGAACAACCAGGAUGUGCAGAUCUAAGUGAAACAACUCCUUCUUUACCUUUAACUCUCAUUAAAGAAGGUUUGGAGGAGGCAUCACGAGUGCUGGUAGCUUGUAACCAUGUGCGUGCCAUAAAACUCUUCAUUGAGAGCAUUAAUUCCAAGUGCCAGUAUGUGGCCCAUGAAUGCUCCAGUUAUGCCAGCUUCCUCAGAGGCGAAUGUUUCUCAUGCAAGAGUAACAAUAGUCUUAGUUGUGGUAUUAUGGGCUAUCAUGCAGACACUAGUCCAGCCUUGAUAGGAAGACAAGUAAUGGGACAAGAUCUUCUAUCUUUGUUAGGCUCCAAAUUUUUCUUUACCACAGGCAAAGAGGAUCCCUAUUGUAGAAAACAUUAUAGAAUCACUAUCAAUCUUGCUCAACCAUCGUCUGCAGAGAGCUGGGUUCAAGGUUUCAUGAAAGUUACUCUUCACGCAGAAAACGGUAUUAUUCGUGACGUUGAUCUUACGCCUAGUGGUUAUAUGAAAUUGGAACACGGUUCGACAGUCCGAAUGGUCGUUGCCCAUCCAGCCGGAGCAUUCGCUUCACUUGGAAAAAUCAGGCGUGUUGAACUUUCAUGGACCUACGAUAUGGAUGUAUUGCAACCAAGAUCGCUGUGCUUUUUCUGGUGUAACGAUCGUCUUUAUGUAAAUAGUGUUACUGUGGAUAUAAUGGAACUACCAGGAAGAGGAAAAAGAGAAGCAGAUAUCACCAGUAAACUUUGUUCAGCAAAUAGGAAAGAAUAUGCAGAAAUUGCCAGUGGCUCCAUAGCAUCUUUCAUCGAUAAUUGCUGACAAUCUUCAAAAGUCUUCAAUUACGUAUCUCAUUAUAACGUGAUAAUUUGAGGUUUUUGUUCCUGUGGAAAGUAUAAAAAUUAAAAUGAAUCUAAUAUAUUUGAUACAUAAAUAAUGACAUUCAAGAGCAUAAAUGAAAAUUAUGAAAUAUGUAUAAAUAUUAAUUAAUAUUAUA